CACGCGACUCCAAGUCAAUCCAUUGGCAAGGCAGGCAGCUUCUGCUGUCCAGACAGAAAUGGCGAGCGCUACUUCACCGGUUUCCACAUUGUUCCACGGCGCUCACCCGCUGAAGAAGCUCUCGCCUUAUCUUCCCAAAUCCCUCCAUCUCCAUUCCCGCACAGCCAUUCUCCCUUUUUCCUCUUCCUUCUGCCUUCUUCGCUCUUCUCCGCUUCUCAACUCUCGCAGCCCUCCAACCAUUGCUCCCGCUUGUUUUCUCAAACUCGGCCCCAUUAAAACCUCCCUUUCGUCCGCUUUCGAUUCUCUUCUCAUUCUCUGCACUUCCGUGGCUUUAUCUUCCGCCCUAUUUCUUGCCGAUGUGGACUCCGCCUCUGCCUUCGUGGUCACUACACCCAGGAAAUUGCAGACCGAUGAGCUCGCCACUGUGCGUCUCUUUCAAGAGAACACCCCCUCUGUUGUAUACAUAACCAACCUUGCCGUCAGGCAGGAUGCGUUUACGUUGGACGUGUUGGAGGUUCCGCAGGGUUCUGGGUCUGGCUUUGUUUGGGACAAAGAGGGUCAUAUUGUAACCAAUUAUCAUGUCAUCCGCGGUGCUUCCGAUCUCAGGGUCACUCUUGCUGACCAGUCAACUUAUGAUGCAAAAAUUGUUGGCUUUGAUCAAGACAAGGAUGUUGCUGUCUUGCGUGUUGAGGCGCCGAAAGACAAACUCAGACCCAUACCUAUUGGUAUUUCUGCUGACUUACUUGUUGGUCAGAAGGUGUUUGCGAUUGGAAACCCGUUUGGACUUGACCAUACUCUUACAACUGGCGUAAUCAGUGGACUUCGUCGAGAAAUCAGUUCUGCUGCUACUGGUCGCCCAAUUCAAGAUGUUAUACAAACAGAUGCUGCAAUUAAUCCUGGUAACAGCGGAGGGCCACUCUUGGAUAGUUCUGGAAACCUCAUCGGGAUAAAUACAGCUAUAUAUUCUCCAUCAGGCGCAUCCUCGGGUGUUGGAUUUUCUAUUCCAGUGGAUACUGUAAAUGGCAUUGUUGACCAGCUGGUGAGGUUUGGAAAGGUCACAAGACCUAUUCUGGGAAUUAAGUUUGCACCUGAUCAAUCGGUGGAGCAGUUGGGUGUUAGUGGAGUUCUUGUCUUAGAUGCACCUGCCAAUGGCCCGGCUGGGAAAGCAGGCUUGCUGCCAACCAAACGCGAUUCAUACGGCAGGCUUAUUUUAGGUGACAUAAUAACGUCUGUGAAUGGUAAAAAGGUUACUAAUGGAAGCGAUUUGUACAGAAUUCUUGACCAGUGUAAAGUGGGUGAUACGGUGACGGUGGAGGUCUUGCGAGGUGACCACAAGGAGAAGAUCCCUGUCGUUCUUGAGCCAAAGCCUGAUGAAACAUGAUGGUACAACAAUCCUUCAUGUAUAUACAUUCCACAUGACAGGAAAUGCAGCAAUUUUAUGUGUAUAUUCUUGGGUUGUUUCCUGAUGAAAGGUCCAACUGUACAUAUUGAUUCUGGCAAAACUAAUCAUCCUUGCGUUAUGAAUUUUUUUUAGAUGUAUGAAAAUACUGACCACGUCUAUGUUUAAGAGUAUUAUUAUUAUUACUACCACCACUCUUAUUA